AUGGGAAAUAAUUGCUCUUAUAAAUAAUAAACGAGCGAUAAAACUCAAUUUGAUUCACUAAAUUUGAAAAGCAAUUUGAAAGGAACAUCAAAAUCUAAAUCAGAUAGUUUAAUAAACAUAAGCCAGCUAACUUAAAUGGAAAUACCCAAUGCUAUGCUUCAGUCGCCUACUAAACCAUUCAUCCCUAAACAAAAUGAAAUUCGUUCAUUAGUUAGAGUUCCGUCUGAAGAAAGUCUAUUUUUGUCACAAUUAAAUGCAGAAAAAGUAAAUGAACAAGAAAAUAACUCUAUCUACCAAUAGUCGAAAAAAUCAAAACCUCUUAUGGUUCUGAAAUCUUCUCUUAAACGAAAAACAAAAUAGAAUCAAGCUUAAAGUCCUAACUUCUAAUCUCCUAGUCCAUAAGUGCAAUAAUAAAUAAAAUGCCGAUCGCAUUCUCCCUAUUAUUAAAGUUCAAAAGUUUAAAUCAAAACAAAAAAGAGCAUGGAAUAAACUAAAAAAGGAAAUCAAUAGUAAGAGAUGAAACUAAAAAGGAAAUAUUCGGAUGCUCCUAUUUAAAAAGAGAGAUCGCAAGUGAUGAGAAGAAAAAUUAGUGAUAUAUGUGAUGAUCACAAUUAUAUAAUAGGAGUUGAGAAUUAUAGUCCUACGAAACUAAGAACUUAUACUCCUACUUCAAUUUUAAAGAGAAAAGAUUCAGAUAUUGAGACUAACUCACCUAUGAAAAAACAAGUAAGAUUUAAAGAGCAAGGACUUAAUCGUAAGUUACAUUAUAACUGA